AUGGCGGCCAAGGAGGAGGGCAAGGACCAUCCCAUGCAGCCCGACAGCAAGAAGCGCAAGCGCGACGACGACCAUGGCCAGCCAGGGCAGCAGCUCCGCGCACGAGCUGUGCUCGGGCUCCGAGGCCAGCACCAACCCGAGACAGAGCCCCAGCCGGGAGAGAGGAAGCACAGGCGCGAGAGCACCUCCAAGAAGUCGCAAGGGGCGGAGGGUAUCGACAGUCAGACGGCAGGAGAGAUAGCGGGGCUGCUGCGACAUAUGACAGAGCAGCAGGGGCAGAUCAUUGCGCAGCAGAAGCAGAUCUUGGAGAUACGCGCUCAGCACCUGUCGGCGGUGGAGCAACGGAGCUUGUCGGGAGCUCAGAGGACGCAAGCUGGUCAGGGGAUGGACGCGGGGAGGAGCAGCUGGAUGAGGCUUGCGGGGGAGGUGCAGUAG